CGCGGACUCCCCCUCCCCCGGCCGCUCCUCAGCCCGCUCCCCCGGCCAUGACCUCGGGCCACGGGGACGAGUCUCCCGCAGUGACGGCCAGCGCGCCGCACAACGGGGAGAACAAGCCGCCCCAGGCCAUCGUUAAGCCGCAGGUGCUCACGCAUGUCAUCGAGGGCUUCGUGAUCCAGGAGGGACCCGAGCCGUUCCCCGUGUGUGUGGAGCGUCUCCCCGUCCUGAUCCACAGCCCCAGGAAGUCGGACCACCAGCUGUCGGACGACCCGGACAAGACCCCCGCCAGCCACGCAGCCAACACGGACUCCGAGCCUGAUGACCUGAUCCAGCACGAUAAGGAGGAGGAGGAUGAGCCCAAGCUGACCUGUGAGUACUGCGGCUGGGUCGACUUCGCCUACAAGUUCAAGGGCUCCAAGAGGUUCUGCUCCGUGGUGUGUGCCAAGAGGUACAACGUGGGCUGCUCCAAGAGGAUGGGGCUCUUCCGACCCGAGCGGAGUAAACCCACCAACCACUGGCGCAAGAGGACCCAGGCCCGGCCCGCCAGCGAGGCCAAGAAACGGAAGUCCCCCCCGUCCCCCCACCAGACGCAGGGCGGCUCGGUGUCGUCCCCCCACGCGUCGCAGCCCAGCCAGGACGGCUCCACGCCCUGCUCCGACAUGUCGAGCUACGAGGAGCCCCCGUCCCCGCUGUCGGCCGCCAGCUCCGGACCCCCGCCCCCGGCCCCCGCCAACGGGCCCCCGCCGGCGGCCCCGCCCGCCGCCGCCACCUCCGCCCGCGUCCUCCGUCAGUCCGGCCGGGGGUCGGACCCCGAGGUCCUCGAGGCCCGGGACCUGGACCACCACCGCGGCGGCGGCGGCGGCGCGUCCCCUCGCCACUUCCUGCCCUGCGACCCCACCAAGUGGAACGUGGAGGAGGUGUCCGAGUUCAUCCGCUCCCUGCCCGGCUGCCAGGAGAUUGCGGACGAGUUCCGGUCCCAGGAGAUCGACGGGCAGGCCCUGCUGCUGCUGAAGGAGGACCACCUGAUGAGCACCAUGAACAUCAAGCUGGGCCCCGCCCUCAAGAUCUACGCCCGCAUCAACAUGCUCAAGGACUCCUAGCCGGCGACCCCAACCAGCCCCGGGCGUCUUGUCCUGAGUGUCUUUGUGUGCUGGUGGGCGAGCGAGGCAGGGAUGAGUGGGAGGGGAAAGAGAGAGAGAGAGAGAGAGGACGUGACGUGGGGUUGGCCCUCGGUCCGGACCAGGCCUGUCUGUGAGGUCGUGUCACGGAGGUCGGGGUUCGUUCUGAGGAAGAGGAGGUGGGAGGUCUGAGGGAAGAGCAGGGUGUUUUCAACAACAACGUCGCCCGCACCGUUUGUGUGGUUCCCCGGAAACCCGGCGUUGUUUCGGUCGUGCGGUGCAAUCGGCACGGGGAGCGGGAACGCCGAAGGAUACGUUUGUGUUUUGAACUUAACGGAAAAAAAUAAUGGAUUUUUUUUUUUUUUAAUGCAAUAAUUGUACGAGGGGACGAGCAGCCGGGUGUGACCCCCCCCCCCCCCGUCAGGGCGGCGGGGUGACGACCGGUUCAGAGCGGAGGAGUGGCUCCCUGGGGGGCAAGGGGGGGCGCCUGCUCCUUGAAGGAGGAGCGCAUUGAUGCAGUAAUUGCUAUUUCGGUACGGUGUGUGUUGUGUGGAUCAGAGCAGACGCUCCGCUGUCGGAAUAACCUCGGCAGAGCGACGUCCUGAAUACAUAUCGCCUCCUCCGAGUUCAGCUUCUCAAACAAUGUCUGCCCCCAUUUUCUUUUUUAGAAUCGAUCAUCUUUUUUUGUUUUUAUUUAUUCCUGGCGUGUCAGAGAAGCUCUUAUUAUCAAAGAAGUCUUUGUGUGUGUGUGUGUGUGUGUGUGUGUGUGUGUGUGUGUGUGUGUGUGUGUGUGUGUGUGUGUGUGUGUGUGUGUGUGUGUGUGUGUGUGUGUGUGUGUGUGUG